UUUCAGCUAUCGAACAAAUAAUUCAAAUAUAUAUUUUUAAAAUUCGUUCAAAAACGAAACCAAAGCGAGCAUGAGGAAAGUGCUUCUUGGACUGCCCAUUUGGACGCCAUUGUUCAUCCUUUUCUUGCUUUUCCUAGCCGGCGUUUGGGGUAAGCCUUCGUUUGGUGUGAAUCGCCAUGGUCUGCUGGACUCGUAUCGUGAACAGAUUCAUGGAACUCCUUUAACUAGGAAGGAAGUCGAGUGUCCAGAGGAUGGAAUUAAGAACACCAAGCAUAGCCGUUACGAUAGAUCACUGAAUCCUUUCAAGGCCUUUCUGACUUGGCCGGAUAAACAUAAAGUAGAUAAGGUUGAUAAAUAUAAGCCACUUGAAGGGGAUUUGUAUGUCCACGAAGAUCCUCUAUUUGAUUUUGAUAUGUCACAGUACCAAGCCGGUGCACCGCUAUUUGAUAACAAAGCUGAUCACUUUCUAGCCCAAGAUUAUAAGUCAGAAUUUGAUCGCAAGCUGGGUGGGAUGGAUCAUGAUUAUCCAGAUCAUUUUAAGCUUAAUGCUGAUCACUUUAAUCUCGAUGAUCAGUUUAAUACGGUGUCAGACCGCUUGAAUCAGAAUGAAAAUCAUUUCAGUCUGGAUGCAGAUAAAUUCAAUCGGGAUGCAGAUCAAUUAAAUCGGGAUGCCAAUCACUUCGACGUGGAUACAGAUAACUUUAGUCAGCAUCGCGACGUGGAUAUGUUUGACAAUUUUCAAGUUAACAAGCCCGAAUUGGUAAAUAAUCCCAUGAUGGACUAUAAACGUGAAUUCGCCAGCGAUGAGGCCAAUCCUUAUGUUGAGAGCCUUCAGCAGCGUUAUGAGCCCUUGCCACAUGCUUUUAAGGACUAGUACAUUAGUUACAUUUGUAUUUAUACGAGAAUGUAUAUUUUUCUAUAAAUUGUUGUGUAUUUAAAGCUUACAAUUUGUUAAAAUACAUAUUUCGAGUUCUUAAAGAGCA